ACAUGUCGUCUUCUCCUUGUUGUCCCCAGGCCCAGAGCAGAGGUGUAAGUGACACGGCUGUAGGCCUAGUGUUUGGUACCUUCGCCUUCUUCUGUAUGGUAACAGGUCCGCUCUACGGGAAAUACAUCAACCUUAUCGGGGUAAAGUUCAUGUUAAUAGCGGGGAUGUUCGUGGCGGGAAGCUGUUCAGUGCUGUUCGGUAUGCUGGACUACAUGGAGGGGACGGUAUUCCUGGCCUUCUGUUUCGUCAUCAGAGCGAUGGAAGCCGUGGGCGUGUCCGCCUGCCGCACGGCCAGUUUUGCCAUCAUUGCCAAGGAGUUCCCGGACAACGUGGCGACGGUUUUGGGCACUCUGGAGAUAUUUACGGGUGCGGGGAUGAUGAUUGGUCCGCCUGUUGGAGGAGCUCUAUAUUCCCUUGGUGGGUACAAAGUGCCGUUCUUGGUAGUCGGCGGCUUCAUGUUGGUCUGUGCAGUGUUCAUGCCGCUGAUACUGCCGAGGCAGUCAGGUAUGUGCAACGAAAUUUGCCUCAUAAUUUUUUUAAAGUAGUAUAUGUGAGGGAUAUACUUUGAUAUGAUAGCCAUCGCUGUCUGUCCACACUUUGAUGCAAUUAUACAAAUGGAUGGGGCAAUCAGUUAGAUUCAGGGAUGAUGUAAAUGUUAAUUUGUUUCAAUAUUCUAAUCAUGUAAAGAUUCAUGAGUCUUUGCUAAAGGGUUUUGGUAGGGGGGUGUGGAUGAAAAUGUGUCUUUUAGUUUUUUAAAGCCUGGCAUUUAUCAAAAACACACAUGGAACAUUGCUUCAAUACAUCCUUUAUCUGCUCUGACAUACGCCCGUAC